AUGGCCCCAGAAAGGAUACCGACAGAGACGUCCCCGCUGCUAGGCCCGCAGGUUAACAGCAAUGCUGUCCGCCCCUCAAACGGUGCCAUUUCUGGUUUGCGCGACCCCGACACGGCAGGGCAGAAUGGUGGUUUACAGGAAGCGCCGGGCAAGGACGUGACAGAAUCAAGCCCAAAGCUGAGCUAUAUAUUUCCUGCGAUUUCAAUUGGCGUCUUCCUAUCUGCAGCCGACCAGACUAUUAUCAUGGCCAGUUAUGGGCAGAUUGGUAGCGGCCUUCAUGCCCUCAAUCUGACAAGCUGGAUUGCCACUUCAUACUUUCUAACCCUAACGUCGUUUCAGCCGCUAUAUGGAAAACUGAGUGAUAUUUUUGGUCGCAAGGCAUGUCUGUUGUGGGCGUACGCUAUCUUUGGCACUGGCUGCUUGUUUUGCGGCCUAGCGCAGAAUAUCCACCAAUUGAUUGCUGCUCGUGUUUUCCAAGGUAUUGGGGGAGGCGGUAUGACCACCGUUGUCAGUAUUCUACUAAGUGAUAUCGUUCCGCUCCGAGAUCGAGGUGUCUGGCAAGGUAUUAUCAAUAUUAUAUAUGCCACUGGAUCUGGAAUUGGAGCACCUUUCGGUGGUAUAUUGGCAGACUACAUUGGCUGGCGUUGGGCUUUCAUUGCUCAAGCUCCCAUAUGUGUUCUUGCUUUCAUAGCGGUUUCUAUCAUACUGCAAUUGCCACCGCAGGAAAAUAGUCAUUGGAAGGACAAGCUCCGUCGUAUUGAUUUUCCAGGAGCGAUUAUUCUCGUUGGGGCGGUCCUUGGCUUUCUUCUAGGCCUUGACCGCGGUAGUAAUGUGUCCUGGACCAUACCGGUAACCAUUAUCUCGCUGAGUGUAUCGGCUAUCUUAUUCGUGCUCUUCGUUGUGGUCGAGAUCUUCUACGCAGCGGAACCAUUUGCCCCCGGUCACAUUAUCUUUGACCGAACAUUCUUUUCUAGUUAUGGCUGUAACUUUUUCAGCUUCGGGGGCUGGUUGGCAGCCCUAUUCUACAUUCCACUCUAUUUCCAAGCCGUAGACGGUGUGUCUGCUACUGUCGCUGGGCUACGUCUUCUGCCCAGUAUUCUUGCCGGGGUUUCUGGGUCGCUUUUUGCCGGAUUCGUCAUGAAAUGGACCGGGAAAUUUUACUGGCUGACAGUAGCGGCAUAUUCAUUACUCACACUAGGAGUCACAAUGAUCUUCCUUUUCUCUGGCGGUGCCGCGGAAAGUCUUGUACCGAUGAUCAUGGGAAUGGUGGUUUCGGGGUUUGGAAAUGGGAUCGGUGUCACAUCAACGUUGAUCUGCCUCAUCUCAAAUUCGACGCCCGAAGACCAGGCAGUAGUGACGGCAUGCUCUUACCUCUUCCGAUCCCUAGGCUCAGUGAUCGGCCUAUCUUUAUCUUCAACAGUGGUCCAGCAAAUUCUCCGGGGCCGGCUGAGGUCUGCAUUGCGCGACAGUAAGGAUAUUGACCGCAUCGUUGAUGGCGUGCGCCAGAGUCUCGACUUUAUUAAGACCCUUGAUCCGAGUGUUGCCAAAGUGGUUCGGGGCUGUUACGGAUGGGCUAUGAAUAAAGGCUUUGCAUUCAUGAUUGCUGUGGUGUUCUUUGCCCUUGUUAGCAGCUUCUUUAUGCGUGAAAAGAAGCUGAAUAAUCGGUGA